CCCCUUCCCCUGCCGGCCCCGCCCCGCGGCGCAGCCGAUCCGGCCUGGUGGCUCCGCCCCGUGGCCGCACUUGUCUAUAAAGUUGUUGUUGCGGCGGAGCGCUAAGAUGGCGGCGGCGGCUGCAGCCGUGGCGGGGGCGGGGCGCGGCGGCGGCGGCGGCGGCGGCGGCGGCGGCGGCGGCGCAGAUCCCCGGCAGGAGCGGAGCCGGGCCCGGAGCUGGGCCGGCGUCGAACGCAGCGAAGGCCGGAGCAGGAUGGAGCCAGGUGAGGAGCUGGAGGAGGAGGAUUCUCCAGGUGGCCGUGAGGAUGGCUUCACCGCUGAGCACCUGGCCGCGGAGGCCAUGGCAGCUGACAUGGACCCCUGGCUGGUGUUUGAUGCCCGCACCACGCCUGCCACCGAGCUGGAUGCCUGGUUGGCCAAGUACCCGCCAUCCCAAGUUACGCGCUAUGGGGACCCCGGUUCACCCAACUCUGAGCCUGUGGGCUGGAUCGCAGCAUAUGGGCAGGGCUACACCCCCAACUCAGGUGACGUGCAGGGCCUGCAGGCAGCCUGGGAAGCUCUGCAGACCAGUGGGAGGCCCAUCACACCAGCUACCCUGCGCCAGCUGGCCAUCACUCACCAUGUGCUCUCAGGCAAGUGGCUGAUGCACCUGGCACCUGGAUUCAAGCUGGACCACGCCUGGGCUGGCAUUGCCCGGGCUGUGGUGGAGGGCCGGCUUCAGGUGGCCAAGGUGAGCCCUCGGGCCAGGGAGGGUGGGCGCCAGGUCAUCUGUGUUUACACAGAUGACUUCACGGACCGCUUGGGUGUACUGGAGGCAGAUUCAGCCAUUCGUGCAGCAGGCAUUAAGUGCUUGCUCACCUACAAGCCUGAUGUCUACACCUACCUGGGCAUCUACCGGGCCAACCGCUGGCACCUCUGCCCCACUCUCUAUGAGAGCCGUUUCCAGCUUGGGGGCAGUGCCCGGGGCUCCCGGGUUCUGGACCGCGCCAACAAUGUGGAACUGACCUAGUGGGGUCAAGUGAGAGAGACUACCCUCUGCCCCGAUGCUGGGGAUGGAUCCUCCUGUCUUCCUUCUCCUUGUCCCAAGAAGGCUAAGCCCCUCAGCUCUGGCGACUAGGUCACUUGGGAACUGCCUGCAUCUUCAAUCCCCUUGAACUUCUGCCCUCUGUUCAGGGCUGACUCAACCUCCUACAGGCUGGGGGCUCUGGCUCCCUGCAGGCCAAGCCCUCAGCUUUCCUCUUCAAUGCUGCUCCCCUCUAUUGCCCAGGACCACAGUUUGGGUGCAGACACCUAAGAGGAGAGCCUUCCUUGGCCACCUUCAUCCCAGCUAUACCUCCCCUUCCUCCUGCGUUCUCCUUUUCUUUCCUUCCUCCCUCACAAGGGGGUAAAGUUAGUGCUUCCAGUCCCUCUCCUUGGAGCCUUCAUAGUCCAGGGGACAAGGGCCCUGCAGGCCUGAGCAUGCCAUUGUGGGGAGUGGGGUAGUUAUGCCCACUCAUCCCCUGUCAGAGAGGGGAUGCCAGGGCCGUGGGCAUGGGGCCUGCCCCUCCCUGCCAACUCACACAGCCUGCACCACCUUCCUCCCUUCCUUGGCUACCUUGACAUGUGCCUGCUCUUGGUAUUUCAAUAAAACCCAGCUUGGGUCUGUGUCUUGAGUGUUUUUUAAAA